UCCUAAAGAAAAGGUUUUUCAUAAAAGAUGUCUGUGACACAGGGGUGCCCCCGAGCCGCAGGGCAGAGCUGGGAGCAAUCCCACUGCCCCCUCCAGCUCCUCACCCUGAACGGGGUGUGCUGCACCAGGCCUGCCUCGUUUGGGGUGUCCCGGGCUGGAGAGCGACACAGAGAGGGAGGUUGUGGAGUUUCCCUCCCCAGGGCAGGUUUUCCUGGCUUGCAGGACUUAAAGCCACUCUGGUUUAGUGAGCCGGAAAUUCCCUGUCGCUGCAAAUCCAAGGAGAAGUGCCAAAGCAGAGCUGAGCCUCUCCAGGAGAGUGGGGGGUGCUUGGCAAGAGCUCGAAAAAGCCCUAAAGAAAGUUAAAGGAGGAAAUCCAGCCACUUAAGCAUUUUGUUCUUAUGAGUUUUGACAGCUGAUUUUUUUUCUCCUCUUUCUUAAUAGCUCAGUCUCAGAGCCUGCUUCUCACCCCCUCCCAUCCCUCUGUUCCUUGGGAGCUGCAGUGGUUUCACAGGUGAUUAGAAAAUGAACAGCUCUGCCCUCUCCAGAUUUACUGUUAUUAAUAUAAGCUGGUUUCCCAGAGAACAGGCUGGGAAAGCAGCACAGGCUCCUCUGCAGCACCACAGAGUGAAAGGGAAUCCUGGUGCUCUCCAUGGCUCUGUACCCUGCCUGGGGUCUGAGGCAGGUUCCUCCUGUGGGGCUGACACAUCUGGGACCAUUCCAGGAGUUACUCUCCUGUUUCUGAGUAGGGGGUGCCUGCAAAAAUCCAGUUUCUUUGGGGUUUUGGGAGAAGAAAAAACAAUUUCUUUGGAGUUUUGGGAGUGUGUGUGUGUGUGUGUGUGUGAUGAGACCCCUGGGUUGGGGCUGGGCAAGGUGGUGGGAAUGGUGCGGGGCCCCCACUGUGUCCCCACAGUGCCUCCAGGACAGACCCAACACAGGACAGGGAUUCUGUCUGCAAGCAGGGAAUCACCACUGCUGCUGCUGGGCAAAUCUCUGUGAAAUUAAAAGGUUUUUAAUGGCAGAGGAGGAGGGAGCAGCACGAGGUGAGUGAUCACUGGAAGUGCUGGUUGUGGCAGUGCAGAGCUGGUUCUGCCACCCUCCUGUACCCAGAGUGUCAAGGCCUGGCAGCUGCAGGGGACAGGUCCCAUGGUCCUUCCCCAGGGAUUUCCUAAAGGGUUGCAGGGGACUGGGGAAGCUGAGGGAGUCCAAAGUGCCCUCUUAGGGUGGAGAAUUUUUUCUAGAAGCAAAGAAGGACCUUUUUGGGCACACUGAUCCCAGCCCUACAGAAAACAUUACUUCUGGAUGGAAGAUAAUUUUUCCCACUAGCACUGAGCUGUGUGCUGAGCCCUGUCCUUGCUGUCAGUUGAGACAGUGGGUGCUAAGCUCAUCCAUGGCUCCCAGGACACCUGCAGCCUUGUCCCUGUGGGACAUCCCCUUGUCCCAGGCCACUCCUGCAGGGUCUGUCUUUUGGCUGUUUCUGCCUGUGUUACAGCAUGGUGUGUUGUCCCUGUGCAGGUGUAGGAAGAGCUGUCUCUGUUGUCACUUUCAGAAGUGCUGCUCCCGUUGCCACUUUGCAGCUUUCUUUUCCUCUCUAUGAAACACCAGGACACCUGAGGACAUCUCCAAAGAUGUGUGAUGGAGCAGACCUCUCCUUAGGGGUAGAAACAAGCCAAGGCACAGACUCUCAUUUAAACAACAUGAAAAGGGGCCCUCUUUAUUCUUCUUCACAGCUCAGCCAUCCUGAGUGACUACAGCAAACUCCUGCUGUUGGCUUCUCCGACAGACUCUGCUGGCUGUUCCUGCUGGAGUAUGACUGCAAAUGUUUCCUUGAUGUGGCCGCUUUGGGGACUGGACCUGCACCGGGCACGCUGUGACCUGCUCUUCACAGAGGCCAUCAACCAGAGGAUGCAGGUUCCCCCCAGGCUGAAGGUGGCAGAGAGCUGCAGCCCUGGGGACAGGGACACAGUGGCAGAGGAUGUCCCUGCGUCCUUUAGGAUGUACAUCCCUGAGAGGAUUUCUCUGGCAGAGGUACCAGACACGGGUUUGAGGCCAGUGCUGCUGACCCAGCCAAGGAAGGUGCCCUCUGUGGUGGUGCAUGUGUCCCCAGAGCCCUGUGGGGACGUCCCUUUCCUGCCCCCAGCCAGCAGAGCCAGCGCCCAGCGACGCAAGCGAGCGGGCCACCACAGCAGCAGGACACGGAGGGACAGGACCCCGAGUGACAGUGCCCAGCUGGCCUUGCACAGCCCAGGACAGCACCACGAGGGGCCAGGCUCCUGUGCCCUGCCUGCUCCCAGUGCCCCACUGCCCCUCUGCACAGAAGCAGGCAGGAUCUACUCCAUGCAGAACAUCUUCCAGACCAUGUACCUGCUGGGCCAGGUGCUGUUCCAGCGUGUCCAGGACUCUCUGUGGGACCCAAGGCCGUGCAGCUCCCAGGAGCCCGUGCCAGCUGCAGAGAGCACCUCGGAGGAGGCGGGGGUGACCGAGGUGGCAGCAAUGAGAAGGCAGCUGGCCAGGAUCUCGGGGAGGCUGCAUGUGCUGGAGGAGCAGUGCCACGCCUGGAGGCAGAAGGAGGCCCUGGUGUACUCUGUGAUGAUCUCUGCUUGCCUCAUCAACACCUGGCUCUGGCUCAGAAGAUGACAGCCCGUGCCCAGCCUUCCCUGCUCACCUGGCAGGGUGGGUGAGGGCAGGCAGAGGAGCAUUUCUCAUGUACUUGCCAGCAGUGAAACUCUUUUUCUCUUGCCUAGGACUGCUUUCUGCACUGUGGGCCCUCAAGAGUGUGUGUCCUUCAGGCCUUGGUGACAGUGAGGGUGUGAGAAGCUGCUGUGAAGAGCUGAGGUCUCUGAAGAGCUGGUGGCUGGCACAGGAGGUGUCUGUCGGUGCAGGUGCCCUCAGGCUGCCAGAGGAGAUGCAAACCUGAGGAACUGAGUGUUUGUGGGUGUGGGGUCCUGUUACAGUCCCAGUCUGGUCACAUCCCACCUUGGAGAUCCCAACUCUGACCUCAUAAAGUUCUCAGCUAACUGCUGUGGUCUGUUCCUCACUGAGUGUUUCUAAACUUCUGCUGGGUUUCCUUUUCUUCCUUUUUCUUCCUUUGGUGGAGGAGGUGCUGCCAGUCUCCUGUGCCACAGACCCCCUUGCAGGAGUGGAGCUGCAGGGCCCAGGAGCUCCAUCCCUGCGGCCACAGCAGGUUUGCAGAUGUUCACAUGGGAGAGCCUUGCUGACAUCUGGGCUUAUCCAGGGGCUUGGCUCUUUCCCAGAGAGAUUUACAUGGGAAACCUCCCCAUGGUGACUCUGGAUUAUAAAACCUCAGAGCAACAGCAAUAGCACCAAACAGGGCAGGGAAAAUAGAUAUUUGUUAGGCUCCCCUGGCAGAGGGGAGUGGAGGAGUGUCUCUCCCGGGUCUUGCUGCCAAGCUGCAACUUCAGUGAUGGUGCAAGAGCAUGGGUGAGGGAAAUUCCUGACCCAGAUGCUCUUUAGCUGUGAACAAGCUCAGUUUAACAGCUUUUCUGUUUGUUCCCUUCUCCAGAGUUUAUUAACACUUGAUUCUGAGGUGACUUUGAGAUGUUUUUGGUGGCUCAUCCAGCACAUCUGCUGGAGGUGUGCACGCAGGCCCUGGGGGCAGGUUUUGGCAAGGCUUAACAGGACCUCUCUGUGUCACCUGUACCUAAUUAUAGCUGGAUCUACAUGUCAUCCAGAUGUCCCAAUAGCUUAUUUACAGACAUCAGAGCUCGGGUGUUUUCUGCUUGACACCGCACCAAGCGGCCGUGACUGCAAAUCUGGCAGCUGGACAGGGACUGAUGAAUAACUGAUAAAUAACUGUCCCCAGGAAAUUGCAGCUCUGAGCCUGGGGCUGAUUGCUGAGCUGGGGACAGUGCUGGGAUUCACUGCACACCAGAGCCAGGGUGGUGUACUGGGUGCUAUGGCAGGGGGAUGUGCUGGAUGGUGUCCUGUGGCAGGGUCACCAGGGGACCUUGCACAGCUGUUCUGGGUAAGGGGGUGUGAGUGGGGCCAGGAAAUGAGGGAAAUUGUCUGGUUUCUCUCCUUUGAGAGGUGUUAAUGUGUUGUGGAGGAAGCUUGUGUUUGGGGUUUAUUUUAGGGAUGACUUUGGGAAGGCACACCACCUUCAAAGUGUGGCUGGAAGGUGUUUGGAGAAGAGGUGGCCAAACUGGAUGUGUUCUCAUGGGCAGGUUGUGGAAAAUAUGACUUCUAUGUAAGACAUAAAUGCUGGUGUAAAUCUGGAAACA